AUGUCAGGCGACGUGCAGCCAAGAAAACGUAAAGAUAAGAAAAGGAAGAAAGAUGAAUUAGGUGUAGAGGAACCUCGUGGCACGGCAGCCGUUUUAGGGGAAGGCGAUGUGUUUAUACAUUCUCAAUAUGAACAUGGGACUGGUGGACAUUGGUGUGCUAAGAUCAUAUUCUUCUCGUUACUAGCUGUUCUUGUAACUCUUAUUGGUUUAAUCAUAUUGGAAAAUCGAGGACUUACUGAAUUGGAAGCAAAUUCAGUGGAGUCCCGUUAUUCUGGUGUCUUAGAGGGUUGGCUUGAGGACACUCCUGAUGAUGAUCAUCAUGAUGAGCACACACUUGAACUACUGAAACAUCAUGAUGAUGAAGAUGAUCUUGAUCAUGGACAUGAUAUUAGUCAAGAAGAGCAAGAUGAAACAUUAAAUCACGAUGAUAGUACAAGUGGUCAUGAUAAUGAUGAUGAUGAAGAUGAAAACGAUUAUGAUAAGUCAAAUGAUCAAGAAGCUAGUAAUGAAGAAAAAGAGGAAGACGAUGUUGACGAUCACGAUGAUGAAGAUGACGAACAAGAUGAUAAUGACGAACGUGGUGAUGAUGACGAUGAACACGAUGAUGAUGAUGAAGAGCAUAUUGAUAAUAAUGAAAAUGAACUAGACGAUGACAAAAGUGAAGAACAGCAAUUACAAGAAUCUGAUGAGGAUAAUGAUGAGGAUGAGCCUAAUUUGUAUAAUGAUGAAAGUGCCGAGGCGAAUGAUGAUAACGACCUACAAAAUAUAGAUGAAAUGGAUUCCGAAGAAGAUGAUGACAGUAACUUUCAAAACAAUCAGGAAGAUGAUGAAAGUACAGAAAAACAUGCUGGAUAUAGUCAUGAAGAUGAAGAUGAUGACGAGGAACACGAAAAAAAUGAAGAUGAGGAAACCGAUUCUGCUAUAGAGGUAGAGAAGCUUGAAAAUGAAGUAUCUGAUGAAGGCACUGAAUCGGACGAACAAAGAGAGACGAACGAAGACGAUAAAAGUCAAGAAAUUUCAUCUGAACUGCCUCCAGAAGACAAUGCAGAUGAGGUGGAAAAUAUAGAAGACGAAGAAUUCUCAGAAGAUGAAAUUGAUGUGCCCUUGCCCAUUGUUGAACGCAUUGUAGCGCCUAAAGGAAAACCUUUACCCGAGGUGGAAGAUGAACCCACGACCGCCAAGCCCGCAGACACACUGGCUGACGAGGAGGAAUACGAAAAACAGCAAGAAGAGCUUCGGAGGGAACAAGCCCAAGCUUCCCACGUGUGGCUGAAGCUGGCGGUGGGUGGGGCGCUGCUCGUCGCCACACACGCGGUCGUGAGCCGCGCCGUUGCCCCGCGUGAUGCGACACCAGCAAGUGAAGGUCACGCUGUUAGGGAGAACACACCUGUUUUGAUCGACCGUAGACUGACUCUCAUAGCUGAAGGAGCGCCUGCAAAUGCUAGUCCAAAUGAAGUGGUAGCAGAAAUUGCAACGCCCGUAAUCGAUUUAAAAUAUUCUUCACAAGACAAAUCUGUGAUACCUCCUAGUAAAGAAGAAAGCGAAGAGGAUGUUGAAGAAGAAGAAGAAAUAAUUGACAAAAAGGAUAUCACCAAAAAUAAGGAAAUGUUUAGUGAUGAUGAAGACGAAGAUGAGUUAGAGGAGGAAGAAGUUAACGUACAACAAAGAGAGACACCUAAACAAGCGCCACCCGUUUCAGAAAAAGUAUUUGAUCCUGAACCUGAAGAGGCAGAGGUUGAAGAAGAUGUUCCUGAUGAUGUAGAAAUAAUUGAUGAUGAACAUUCGGAAGAAGAACUGGAGGAAGAAGAAAACGAUGAAGAGGAAAUAUCCGAUGUAGAUGACGCAGAACUUUUAACUCGACUGGAGGCUAAAUACGGAAGGCUUCCUGACCCGGAAGGGACACAAAAACAUAAGGACGGCGGUAACAGUAUAGAGGAAGAUUGGCCUGGGGACCCUAGAGAUAAGUACUGGCGACAACAGCUCGAUGAAGCUGAAGAGGAGUUACGCCAGGACUGGCUAGACUAA